AUGACCAUCGUCCCAGAAGAUGUAGAGAUCAGUGAAGUAGAAGAAACACUGGGAACUAUCAAGUCUUUGGGAUGGGUGCGUGUCCGUGGGAGAAACUUCAGUACGAGACUAAACCGACGGAUGGUUUUGUGUGAGUGUAAAGAGACUGUGAACGAGGCAAGUGUUCCUCCUGAGGUUGUGACAAUUGAUGGUGGAGAGGCGUGGCCUGUUAUCAUCAUUGGAAAGGCGCAGGCAGCUGCGGAAGAGUUUAAUAAUAAACUAAAAGGGUUGCUGCAGGCUGAAGGUAAAACAAUGGAGGACCUCAAAACCUUGUUCCCCGGUACACCCCCACCCACUACCUCCACUGAAUCUAUCUUUCAAGUUGUUGGAGAGUUAUUGGACAAGACAAGCAGACCAGCUGAUGGUGGGAGCUACAUCAGACUGCGCAUAUUCUCGGGAACCCUACCAACACCACCAGGUGAGGAGACAUUUGAUCAUUGGCUAGAGCAAGCAUGGCUUAUGGUGGAGGAGACUGAAUGCUCCGACAGAGAAAAAAGACGCAGACUUAUUGGAAGUUUAAAGGGGUCCGCACUAGAAAUUGUGAAAGCAGUGCGACAUGCCAACCCUGAAGCCAGCGCAAAAGAAUGCUUGGAAGCCCUUGAAAUAGCCUUUGGAAAUGCAGAGUCCGGUGAUGAUCUCUAUUUUUCUUUCAGAUUAAUGCAACAACAAAAAGGAGAGAAAUUAUCAGAUUUCCUUCGACGUCUAGAGAGGUCUCUAACUAAGGCGGUUCAACGAGGUGGUCUUUCUGCAAGCUGCAUGGAUCGAGCGCGCUUGGAACAGCUGCUAAGAGGUGCUAUUGCUUCAGACCUGAUGUUGAUCCAGCUGCGUUUGAGAGAAAGGAAGACCACACCCCCAAACUUUCUACAGCUCUUGACUGAGAUCCGUGCUGAGGAAGAGUAUGAAACUUCUAGAAUGAAGUUCAGUGCCUCAGUACAUCAAGUGCAUGCUAAUCCUGAAGUGGAUACCAGGCAGGCCGAGAUCCAGAGCUUAAAGGUGGAAAUAAAAGAACUGAAGGCAAUCCACUCCAGUCAAGGAGGAUUAUAG